AUCUGACAAUAACUAUACUUUCACAGUAUCUUUUCAAAUUUCAAUCAGAUUAUAUUUUUUUCCAUUUGGUUUAUGUUCUCUAAUCGAUAUUUUAUAUUAUUUGUUUCAUUCUUGCAGGUACUGAUGCGGGCUAAUGUACUUAAUAAAAGGCUGUGAUAUACAGGGUGGUUGGCUGCGGUGUGCUAUAGGGUGUUGCGAGCCGUGAAAGUGGGAUUAUGCAUGGGCACGUGAACUAGCGAUGUCUGCGGCUUUCCUCUUCACGGCGCUCGGCGCUUUGGCACUAGUCAGCCGUACAGGUUGUACAGACAACACCAACGGCCUGGGCACAGAUGGAGUACCAGAGUUGGACUACACAGAUGUGGACUUAGGUCUGACACAGCGAGGUCCAAGGUUCGACGUCCCGCACUCCAAGAAUGUCACAGCCCUGGUGGGGAAGACAGCGCAGCUGAACUGCAGGGUCCAUGAUCUUGGGAAUAGGACAGUAUCAUGGAUCCGACAUCGCGACAUCCACCUGCUGACGUCAGGCAGGAUGACGUACACCUCGGACCAGAGAUUCAUCAGCGUCCACAACCCUCACACUGAGGACUGGAUACUAAAAAUAAGGUUCCCACAGCGCCGCGACUCGGGCAUCUACGAGUGCCAAGUCGGUACCACGCCGCCCAUCGGACACCGGAUGUACCUCUCCGUCGUCGAGCCGCUGACGACGAUCCUGGGCGGUCCGGAGCUGUUCAUCAACACGGGCAGCACCAUCAACCUGACGUGCGUGGUGCAGCACUCCCCGGAGCCACCGCCAGCUAUCCGCUGGACUCAUAAUGAUGAGGAGAUCAACUACGACUCCCCUCGUGGCGGUGUGUCAGUCAUCACGGAGAAGGGAGAGACGACCACGUCGCACCUGCUGGUGCAGCGUGCUAAGGCCCCCGACUCCGGGCGGUACACCUGCGCGCCGGCGAACGCCAACCCGAGAUCUGUACUCGUCCAUGUCUUGAGCGGAGAACACCCAGCGGCAAUGCAGCACGGUGGCCAGCUCCGUCUCCAGUACCCCCUAUCAGCUGCCCUCCUCAGCGUCAUCGUGACCUUCAUGGGCUGCUAGUACAGCAACAACAGUACCCACAAAGUUUUGUAAUAUACCUUCAACUCGAAGGCCAAACGAAGCAACAAGGUGAUAACUCUUAAUAACAUCAUCCUUUUCUGUGAAAACUUGACUUUCAUGAACGUAGUCAUCUAGUUCAUUAUGAGCUGUUAGCUUAACUUGAACAUUUUGUAUUAUAUAUUCAUAUGAAUGAUGAUCAUUCGAAUCAAGUUUAUCUUUAUUGUUUUGUAUGAUACUAUACAGGUUUAGUGUAGUUUCUUUAUUGUCAAUAAAGUCAUGGGCUGCUAGUAUGAAUAUAUCAACGAAAUAAACCAUUUAAUUAUGCAACUCAUAAAACUUUAUGGUUAGUUUUGACUAUUGUAUCACUUUUAAAUUCAUAACAUGUAACAAACGAAAGUUUUAAUUACUAAAACUAUACACUAUGGAACAUGGCUUUCAACAUUCAAUUCAACAACAAAAGAGAACAAAAUGUAUUUAUCCUGUAUAGAUGUAUUUUCAUUUAUCUAAAAUGGAGACCAACAAAACGAAAUUCAAAUAAUUACUAACAGGACCCAGUGAUUCGUUAAGCUUCUGUGCACAGGAAGCCCAGUAUACAAAGAGGGGCUUAAAAGAUUCCUUCGGCAGUAUGGAAAGAUAAAACCUCGAAAUCUCCGAGUCGUAAAAGCAUUUUAGAUCACACAACAACUUUAUUGUGGGGCUAAAUCUUUCUUACGACUAAGGAUUAUCUUCAACAACUAAAUGCCUACUAAACCAUUCAAUUACAAUAAAAUACUUUUUCGUUUUAGAAACGUCGAAAUCGAAAUCAAAAUAU